AUGGAGAAAUUUAUCCCCCCCGUGUCCAAUGCUGAAGCUGCACAACCCCCUGACUUCCUCCACCUGAAUAAGGACAACUACGAAAUGCUAAAACACACACCGUCUCAGUUUUGCAAUGUAACGUAUGAGUUCUUGACUUACCUAUUUAAGCUAAUCUGUCGAGACAAAAUCCUUGUCGUGCAGAAUAAUACGAAUGCCAUAAAAAUAGGUACCCUCAAAAAAGGGUUCCAAUUAAGUAGAACGCUUGCCUUAAAAAUUAAGGGGUGCCUUGAGAGGGAGCUAUCCUCGCGUGCCUCGCCAUCCGCUAUCGCUGCGGAGAAAUUGUCCGACCAUGUCUAUGAAAAAACGGGCGAAACAAAGGGUUUAUCCGAGGCUAGGCAUCAUUCCUACUGCCGCUCCUUCAGGGCGUCCCUUCCCACCCCAGAUGAGACUGCCACACAGGGUCCACAUAGUAGUACAUUCCCCGCCUUACACCCCGCUCCUGCUAACUGCAACAAGGAAGAAGCACCCAAUGCUGGGGGGAAAAUGACCACUGAGGAUGCUUAUUCGAAGGAAGGGGAAGAAGAAGAGGAUUUCCCUGAAUGGGCAAGGGGAAAAAGGGAGAAAAACCUUACGCAGGGUAUCGCUCAUGAUAUGACACAAGAUAUGGCACAGGAUAUCAGACAGGGUAUCACACACGACACCGCUCAGGAUAUCACAUACGACACCGCGCAAUCCAUCCCGAAGAGUGUCAUACAAAGGGGCACCCCUCGCAGCGGCACCAGUGGAAAGCCCCCCAAGCGCGCGCCAGAACUGUCCGAUUUGAUCAUCGAGCGGAUGCAGGAGUGGACACGAGGAGGAAAGCCCCAGAGGGGAAAAGACACCACUAGGGGUAGAACCAGGAAGAAGGGAGAAAAAAAAAAAAAAAAAAAAAAAGCAACUGUCUCCCAGUGCCGUAACAGUGAGACUCUCUGCUCGAAGCACAACCUUUAUGAGCUGUUUGCAAAAUAUAAUGUAAGGGACCAAUUUAAGCAUGACGUCAUUCAGACGAAUCUUGUUCCCAAUUGCAGUUACGUUAAUGUGAAUUACCUGAAUAGAACAUUCUUUAGGGAAACGAAAUAUGCCUUCUGCACUUUUCAUUUUAAUAAAUUUUUUUAUGUGCAAACGGUAGCCGAUCUGAAGUUGUCUGCAUAUGGACUGACCGACCAGAUGAGGAAUCAAUUUGUGCAGGACAGCUGUCCCUACGUGACGUACUCUACAAAUUUGCAGCCCAGUCGGAUACUCAAGGGGGGGCCCCCUACCGGCGGCCGCAGAGGCGAAGUCACCGUAGAAGGCAACGGAGAACACAGAAGAGAACCCAGCGGGGAACUCACCGCAGAACACAGCCGCGGUGAUGUGCGCGAAUUGUCUAACCACAAUGAGAAACUCUUUUACGAACAGAGCGCCUUUAAUUUCCCCGCAUUGCUGCUAAACCUGCUGGGCGAGAAAGAAAGCGCCGCAACGGCUGAGAGGGGAAGCAUCACACACGGGCGGGGGGAAGCAAAAGCAAAAUGUCAAGGCAGCAAACGUAGUGACAACGUAGAAGAACAGGAAGGACUCCCCAUUGAAGUGAACCCGAAUGAUGCCCAAUUCGGUCAGAUCACCAACUUUCUGUCUCCCAAUGAGGCUUACCCAUUUGACGCGCUGGGAGAAUCAGACAACCACGUAGAGGGAGAUAACGACUAUCAACAGAGCCAGCCGCACAGCAGUGGAAGCAAUGUGAAUCCCUUUGGUAAUUUUGUGCAGAAUGGGGGGGAAGAAGAAAUUGGCGACUUGUACAAGCCACCCCGAGAAGCUCCACCGCAGGUGGGAGCAGCAGAAUGGGGGGGAUCCUCCAAACGGGGAGAAGCCGCUAAACGAAGAUACCCCCUGUCAGUCCUAACAAACGCGCACAAGAUGAAGGAGCUGCUCUUCCUGUACAACCAGGGAGGAGUGCAGCACAUACUGGAAGCAAUGAAAAGGGCAAAGUUGGGAAGAAAAAAAAAAAAAAAAAAAAAAAAAAUGAAAAAAAAUGAAAAUCGGUUAAAGAAACUCUGCGAGGAUAUCACCAAAGAGCUGAACAAAUGUGUGUCCGUAAAAAACUUCCUCUUUUACGACGCACCCAUCUGUUUCUGCCUCUAUGGAAAUGACCCGAAUAAUAAAAGGCAAUACAACACCUACAUUAAUUCAUAUACGUUCCUUUUUGACGUGGUACGUUUCUUCGGCAACAAUGCUGCCGUUGGGAAUGAAAUUGGCCGACUUUACCUGCGUGGACGUAUCCCCUCUAUGUGCGAAAAGGAAAGUGCUGAAAUGGCAGCCCAUUCCUUAACUGAAGAAGUCGAUCAGAAUGGACAAAAUUUACGCAAAGAACAAUCUUCCCCCCAAGUUGGUGAAACAGGAGACGGGGAACCCUUCUGGGAGGACGACCCCUUCGUGCGACUGAGACGUGCCAGUCGUAUUAACCGCCUGGGCAGAAGGGACGGACUCCCCAAUUACGAUUACCUGUUGCAGAGAUUCAAAAGGAGUAGACUACUCCUCAUGAGCAAAGACAUCACGUACCAAACGUUCCAACACAUGCUGCAGAAUGAGUACUACAUUCCCGUGCCGAAAUAUAUGAAGAACGACAUAAAAAUGGAGGAACAUAACUUCCAUUGCACUCCAGUCAGCUGCUUUAAAAAUCAUGUCAUUGGAUUUUACAACAAAAAAUUAUCCGAUGUGUAUAAUUCCAUCGACUUUCACGAUUUAAAAAAUUUCGACAUGCACCGGUAUGUGUACCACGAAUAUUUUAACCUUUUGGGUAUUCAGACAGACACCACUGGAAGUCCCAGUCUGAAUAAGUACAUAGAUCAUGGAAAGGGGAAGUAUAGCAAUUCCCCUACUUUGGGUGGUUUUAAGGGCGGAUACAAAAUGGAUUGCGCUCUGUUAAACAAGCUAUAUAAGUUGUGGCCUAAUAUGUAA